UUCGAGAAGAUGAAAUAUGCUCUGCGUUGUAGUAUUACUUGUAUGAAGAAAUUGAAUUAUAUGAAGGCUGAGGAAGCUGAAGCUGAGAGGGUGUGUAUUGCUGCUGAAGUGCAGGCUGUAGUGGCAGAGGAAUCUGCUGUUGUAGCUGAGGAUUCUUUUUUUGAAAGUUUCGAUUGGAACUUCGUGGACUUGGGAGGUUCUGUAGUAGAUUAG